CCCACUGACAGCAACAUACGGAGCUAAAAUCUAGCGAAACUAUCGAGGCACUCUCCCUUGUGAAGCAGAAGGACCCCAUGGAGACAGUGGAGGAAUUGCUAAAACGCCAUGCAGAUCUUGUCAACUACAUGUACCGCGAGGAAAUCGUGGACAGUCAAUUCAUAACUGUUCUGAACAUGCGGGCAUUAGACGAGAAUCUCGAGAAUCCUGAUUUUUUUGGAAUGAUGGUUGCCGUGUUCCGCGAAGCUUCGGAUGCGAAAUUAGAAACAGCGGCCUCCGAAUUGCAGAAAGAGGACCCGAACUAUGAGAGAAUUGAUCGAAUUAUUGAGGACUUCCGGGAAACUUCCAUUUGCAUGGGUACUCAUGGUUUGGUCAGUACUUGCAACUCAUUUAAAACCUGCUACGAGGCCAAAAAUUUCGAAGGGUGUGUGAGAUGCUUUAAGCGUCUAGAAGACGAGUACUUAUUAAUCAAAAGUAGACUCGAGACACUUCUCCAGCUGGAGCAUCAGAUUGAUGCUGCUGGAGCAAUAAUCCCAGUCAUCGAGCUUCCAACCAAUAAAGUGAAGAGACCAUUCAACCCGAAGUGAAUUCUAGAGUUCAAAUCCUUGGAUAUCAUAGCCAGGACAUCUGGUUAUUUGGUUGUGUACUUGUGGAGUUAUGUUUUACUAUUGUGCUAAAAUUCGUUGUUCUGUAGCUAAAUGUUUGAUUCGACGUGGAGGUUACAACAAGGUUUUUAUGGUCUUUAAACUAUUUAAGUGCUGCGGUACCACAUAUCCGCAUGUUAUUAUUCCUGCAGGUCACUACAAUUUAGAG